AUGGGAGACAUCGACCUUCGGAAGAUCAGAGUAGAUGACAUCGUGAUCGCGUUCAUGGGCCCGACGGGAUCUGGGAAGAGCAAUCUCAUAGACGUUCUUACCGGACAAGUUGGAUCGAAGAGGCUUUCUGGGAGCAAGCUCCGGUCGUGUACCCAGGACGUCUACGCUGUCCGACUGUUGAACCAUGAGGUCUAUGGCGACAGACUGGUGUUCGUCGACACGCCGGGGUUCGACGACACAGACAGAAGCGACAUGGAAAUUCUGAGGAUGAUCGGGAAAUGGCUGCAGCGAACCUACGAAGCCUCCAUCAAGCUCGCUGGCAUCGUCUACCUGCAUCGAAUAACCGACAACAGGAUGUCAGGCUCUCCGCACCGCAACCUGCGUAUGUUCGGAGAACUGUGCGGGGACCGUGCCACGUCAAAGGUCGCCCUGGUCACCACGAUGUGGGAUAGAGUGAACCAAGCUAUCGGCGAGAAACGGCAGCAAGAACUGGAGCGGAAUUACUUCCGCGAGCUCCUCAUCCGCGGGGCGAUCCCGAUGCGGUUCAACAACACCGAACGUGCGGCGUGGAACAUCGUCGACACUAUCAUCAGAGAAGGAGACAGGGAGGAGAUCCUGCUACAGGAAGAGCUCGUCGAGCUCAGGAGGCGGCUAAACGAAACCAGCGCAGGCAGGGCAAUAUACAACACCUUCCAGAAGCUAUUGAAGGACCAGAGAGAGGUCGUACGGGAGCUCGCACGGUUGGCCAAGGCUCAGAAUAAUAUGAGACUGGUUUCGGAGAUGAACUUGGAGUAUAAGAGGAUCCAGCGGGAGUUCGAGAAAUCUUUCGGCCAGAUCGCCGAGUUGAAGGUCCCGCUUGGGAGGAGAAUUAUCCUGUACCUUUUCGGGAAGAAGUCGAGAGCAAAGUCGUUAGUUCUUGUAUGA